AUGGGGAAGGUGGCCGGGGGGCAGCAGGAGCAGCCGCCGGGUCUUGCGGCGGCGGAGGGAGGAGGAGGAGAUGGAGUAAGAAGAAGAAGGUGCAGCAGAUGCCGCUGGUCCGUGCGGCUGCAAUGCGUGGCCGCGCUCCUGCUCGGCGCCGCCGUGCUGCUAUCCGCCAUGUUCUGGCUGCCGCCCUUCGCCGGGCGCGGCCGCAGCAUGGGGCCAACGGAUCCCCCGGAAGACGUGCUCGCAGCUGAUAUAGUGGCAAGCUUUAUGCUACGUAAGACAGUUUCUGAGUUAAAUGAAAGUACACAUAAGCUUGAAUUUGACAUAUAUGAGGAGAUUGGCAUCCCCAACUCUACGGUUGCUGUAAAUUUUCUACAACCAUUAGGUGCAUUAAACUGGACAAAUGUCAUCUUCAGCGUUGUGCCUUUUCCAAAAUACUCGACUAUAUCAUCGACAUCGUUGAGCAUUCUUAGAUCUUAUUUCAUGUCCUUGGUUGUAGAACAGUCAACACUCCAUUUGACAGAGUCACUGUUUGGGAACUCAUCCUUCUUCGAGUUGCUUAAGUUCCCUGGAGGAAUAACCAUUAUCCCUACACAAGCUGGUUUUCUUGUACAGAAACCUUAUGCAUCUUUCAACUUCACUUUGAACUUUCCAAUCUACAAGGUACAAGAUAAAAUAAAUGAGUUGAAAGACCAAAUGAAGGCAGGACUACUUCUCAAUCCCUAUGAGAACCUCUUUGUCAAAUUGACAAACUUAGAAGGUUCUACAGUUGCUCCUCCAACAAUUGUUCGGACCUCCAUUAUUCUUGAAGUUGGGAAUCACCAGCCCUCCAUUCCAAGAAUGAAGCAAUUGGCACAAAAUAUUGCCAAUUCAUCUUCAGGAAACUUGGGACUUAAUCAUACUGUAUUUGGUAGAGUAAAGCAGAUAAGCCUUUCUUCGUAUCUUACGCAUUCUUUGCAUAGCAGGAGUGAUGCACCUAGUCCAGCACCCAUGACUCAUGAAGAUCACCGCCAUCACCACCACCACCACCACCACCACCACCACCACCACCACCACCAUCACCACCACCACCACCACCAUAGCCAUCACCGUACUCAUGAAAUAGAGAAGCCUUUGGCUCCAUCUUCAUCUCCUGCACCUGUACAUUCUCCUGUGGAACAGUCCAAGUAUAGAUCUCCACCCCCAUCUGGUUAUUCAUAUAGAUACACCAAUAAGCCAAAAAAUAAAGCUCCUGUAGCCCCAGUGUCAGAGCCAGUAGCUAACAAUCAUCAUUAUGCUUCACCUCCUACCAUGUCUCGUGCAUUGUCACCAUCAUCUAUUAGUCCAUCACCUUCUGGCCGUCACUCUACAAAUAAUCCCAAUAGGCACCAUAGCUCCCCUGCUCCAGCUCCAGCAUCUGCGAACCCCCCAUUGCGUGCAAUAUCUCUCGCUCACGCACAUCAUCCUGUUCAAGUGCAAGCUGUGGCCCGUGCCCCUAGCACAUCAUUUGCCAGCAGAAGGCAUUCUUGUCAAUGGGCCCUUGCAUUCCUGUUGUGUUUGCUGAUGGGUAUACCAUGACAGAGUGCGGCUGAUCCGUACCGAAGGUAGUCCAAAAAUAAGUGGCUUGUUGGGAACCGGUCUGUCUUUAAGAGCCGCAAUAGGUGCGAAAAAUAGCUCACCUUGUGAGCAGGUGUUAUCAUGUAAAUAUUGGGCGUGUGGGGGUAUAAGGCAAAUGGGCACCUUUGUGUAUAGUGGUCAAAGCCAGAAGCGGCAGGCCCUUCGUGUCGUUGCGCAUGUUUUGCCCAGUUUUGCUGAAAAACCUGGUGGAUUCCAGUAUAGAUGUUUUUAUAUAUAGCAGUUGCCUCAAGCUUCAGUUCUCGUGGUUCAAAUUUUGUAUCAACAGAUAAUGG